CUAACAAGAUUUGUGUGGAAAAUAUUGGUUUUCUUAAAACAAAGUUGUAAUAAAUUCAGCUGGUAAAAAUGGGCACAAUAAAUUUACUGAUUGUGCUUCUGUCCCUUCUCAUCACUUUGAGUCAACAAAACAACCAAGCAGAAUUUGACCAAGACUCACUGUUACAACCGAUAAAUGAAAACGUUACUUCUUCCAACAAUUUGACCGAAAAUAGCACGAAUUCUGCCAACCAUGUUACCAAUAAUGAUACCACCACGACUUACAUCUUGCAAGGAAUCGCUCCACAAUACGAAGUCUUCCACUCCACCAAAUACGCAAAUCUCACCGGACUCAAGGACCUCAUCCUCCUCGAAUACGUCACCAUCGAAGCCGACGAUUUUCUCGCCUUCCUUCAACUCCAUUUCGCAACUCUCGAGUCGAUCACUUUACAAAAAGUCACUGUGGAAGGGACCUUUCUAAACAAGACAAAAGUGUAUUUACCAAAAUUGAAAUCAUUCUACGCUAACAUAGAUCACAAACAAGGUCAGACGUAUCAAGACCUCUUCUCCAUCAUGUUUUUUACCACGAACAAUGCGACCACGUCUUGGGAAAGGGAAGACGUUUGGUUACAACGGGUCAACCUUGUCGUCAUAGUUGAUGACGAAAUUUACUUUGAAAUUGACCAUGAUGCCGGAAUUCUGAAAUCACGUGAGAGCAAAAUCUUACAAAGUGUGGAUACGCCUCUCACAACGAUCGCAUUGACAUCCACUUCAGGUGAUAAACUGGGUCCAGUAAAAUAUCAAGAGCAAGUUCAGAACUUGGUGCUCAAUUCGUUAAUUGACGCUGCAAGAAACAUUGAUGAUUGGAUUAAGCAAUUCACAAAUUUAAAAUCCUUGGCCUACAGUCCUUCACCUUUUGGGCCGACGGAUCCCACCUUGUUUCCCGUGUCUCUAAAAAAUCUUACGUUACAGUUCACCAGCUUAAUUCCAAGGGGUCCAAUCUCAUCGGUUCCGGUUGCGCUGGACCAUCUAAAUUUGGACUGCGAGGUGGACAGAAUUAAAGUAGGAUUGGAUCGGUUAUAUAACGCGAAAAGGGUUUCCAUCAAGUCAUAUUUCGCAUCGGUUCCUCUGCUAAAGAGCAUAAUGAGGAUGGGAGACGUGCAAUGGAUUUAUUACGAGUAUACAAAGGUGGAUUGGCUCCAAGACGGAGUUUCUGAAGAUGUCCAAGGAUUUUUAGAGGACCUUGGAAUUAAGAGGAAAAAUUUUACCAGUUUUAUUCUCGACAAGGAUUCCAACUCUAAAAUCUGGACGGGAAGAUAUGUUGACAGUGCAGCAGAAAAAUUACAAAUCAAGAAAAACUUGUUUAAUAUUGAACCCCACUUUGACGCUAUAGGUACGAAAUUAAGUAGAGACACGGACCAACUUAUUUCAAAUUGUACUAUUGAUACUUCCGGGAAAUCGCUACUUUUGGGAGGACGCCUGGCAAAAUAUGCAAAACCAAAUUAUUCCCUUGUUGGUCUCAAAAGCAUUUUUUUUCUUCCCUACGUGUCACUUGAAAGUGACAAAUUCCUCCAUUUUCUAGAAUCUAACCAGCAGACGCUAGAAUCUAUUCAGUUGAUUAACGUAACCCGAUCUGGGAAGUUCAACCAGACAAUUUCUCUCCCUAAACUGAAACAAUUAAUAGUUCACGGCGAGGUACUCGUGCGGGAUGCGGAUUACCAACGCUGGAGAAGAGAAGAUAACAUUCUAAGCUCAAUAAUCGCUUUUAUCACGACAAAAAAUACCUCGUCCCCAAAAAAUACUUCAUUUGAGUCUAUUGCUGCAGAAGAUGUGGACGUUUCCUUUGUUGAGAAUGACAUUCAGCUUUUCCAUAUAAAUCAUACAAACGGCAUCCUAAAGUCUCGAAUUUUCUGGGAUUACGGUUCCACCAAAAUUAAUGAAAAAGUUCUGUACGCUGCAACCCGUCAGAAUUCCACGUGGUUACGAAGCGUGGCUUUAAGCAAUGGAGAAAUAUCUGACCCACCACCCGAAACCUUUAAUCCGGCAAAUGUAACAAGAUUAAUCCUACAUUGGGUAGAUUUUUCCAAUUUUACCACGUUCAUCCAGAAAUUCAGCGCCCUUCAAACUUUAAUACUCCAACAAUCAAGGGGUUAUCGAGCUUUCCACAAUUUCACCUUGCUUCCCAACAGCUUGGAGAAACUGACGCUGCAAGAUGCUCAAAUUGAAAUACCGACAAAUCCUACGAACAAUCCGGUCGAGCUGCUCGAGUUAAAUUUAGUCGAGUGUCGAUACCCGUAUUCUACUGAUGCAAAAAUUGAUGGGAUCUAUAAUGCGAAAAACAUCACUCUUGUGUCUCGCUACCCACCCACCGAAUUACUUGAAAGCUCUACCAGCAUGACAAAAGCAGAGUGGAUUUUUGUAUUGUUCUCGAAUGCAAAUGUGAUAUAUUUGGAUGCGUGGAAAAAUCUCAUUGAAAAAUUUGGAUUGAUGGGUUCGGAAUUGUGUUUUAUUCUGGAGAAAGUAAACGGGACUUGGGUCGGAAGGAAGGUUGAGGAGAGUAUUAAUAAUCCAAUCAUACAAGACUUGAUGCUCAAAAGGCUAAGAGUGGAUUAUAUUUUUAAUGGGAAAGUUGUUUCUGAAUUUUGGUAUUAAAUAUACGAGUAAUAUUUAAUACGGUUUAUUUAACGAAGUGAUUGAUAAAUGAAAGAAGUUACAAUUCCUUAUCAAUACGUAAUUUAUGUAUAGGAUACAAAGUAAUAAGAAUAUUCGAUAUAAAUAAAAAAUAUACUAUAAGAGUUACGCAAAUUUAAUUUAUUGUCAUUUUUAUAAGAGAAAUCAUCCAUGUACAUAUGUAAAUAUGUGUGCAUUGCAUCUACAUACGUAGACAACACGGUCAUAGAAAUAUUUGAAACCAGUUGUUUUUGAAAACUUAUGGUAUUCUUGAUGAGGUUUAUGAUUAAUUCAUAAAUGAAUUGUACUCAUGCUUGGACAAAACAGAAUUCUUAUAAUUCUCGUGGAAGGAGAAAGUUCAAAGUUCGGUAAAACAAAAAUUGGUGGUAUAAGUUGUCACACUGCACGGGUACAUUAAUCCUUAAAAUUUAAAUGAAUUGACUUACAUGUUUCUAUUAUUAAUAUAUGGUUUGUUUUGUUAAAUAAAGAUUUAAUUGUGGUUGUGUCA